UGUUUCCUCGAAAAAAAAAAGUUAAAUAAGUGCUGCAGCCUGUUUUAGCUACAGAAAACGAAACAAAGAAAAGUAAGUUAAAAUGGCGACCAAAGGAGCCGCCGGCGACGGCGGCAGGGGCGACAGUCGAGUCAUUUACACGGGCAAUAAAAAGGAAAGGAGAGCGUUGAGGUUAGAGAAUCCGUUUACUUUAAAAGUGGGUCAAGUAUUCACCGGUUUUGGAGUCGGUUGUGGUGUUGGCAUUGGCAUCGGUCGCCCUAUAAAUUUAGGUGCAAUACCAGUAUUGGGCCAAGUCAUGAGUGCCACUAGGGGAGCAACUGAUGUAUUUUCUGGUGUGCAAAGACAUGUCAAUAAUUCUCUAAAGAAAGUCGGUGCAAAGAACAUUGAAGCGGGUAUUGGCUGUGGAGUGGGUUUCGGCCAUGGAUUUGGAGUUGGCCUUGCUGUGAAGCCUAGUGUGCUGCAUCAGAUACAGUCACAAUUUUUACAAGUGGCAACACUUGUGAUGGAAAGACUUGGAAUAGAUUCCAGUUCUACCCUGUCUGUUAAUCAAGGGAUGGUUUCCCCUCCAUCUUUGCAAAGUGGGAAGAGCAUGGUUGACGAAGCAUCAUAUGAAAAUCGAAGUAUGACUCAGUUAGCAAAAUCAUCAUCAAACAAUAGGAAUGGGACUGCACUAUUUUCUCCAGAGGGGACAUUAGCACCGACAAGUGCUGCAACAGAUACAAAAUCUACCAGUCGAACAGAGAGAGUCCUCAACAACUUUCUGCAAAAUCUCAAAGAGGAGGGCAGCUCCUCUCAAGAACAAGCUAGGGCAUCUCAUUUGGAAAAUAAGGUGCUUCAAAUGGUGUUGAAACACCAGGUACUCAUUGAAGAGCUAAUGCAAGAAAAUGAUAAGCUUCGACAGAUAUUAGUUGAUGAAUUGAAAGUCGAACCUAGCAGGCUCCAAUCUAGCGCCACAAGUAGGAGUAAGUCCUCAUGUAACGAAUGUUUUGAAUGCCGUAGAAGACAAAGGAGAAGAUCAAAUUUUGCAUGAUCACUAAGGACAACGUGAAACGGAGAGUCAACUUCUUCAAGGUAAUUCUUCCUUUUAAACAAAGAAUUAAUAUGUGCAAAUCCACCAUGGUGCAGGCUCAUCAAGUUAGGCUCCUUUUAUCUUCAAGAUGCCUAUUCUUUUCUAGUGCAUUCACAGAAUUAAUCUUUAGGUGCAAUUGUUGCUCUCCAUUGCUUAAUUAUUCUUUUUUUCGAUUAAUUUCGUGCGUACAUUUGUAAAUGUACCAUAGUACAUUUGCUUAAUGUUAAUGAGUUCUUGGUGAAUAGAACAUUCCUGACAUCAUAGUUGAAUCUCUGAAGAAAGGAAAAAUCCCAGAAUCAAGUCGUUGAUAUGUGCUACGUACUACUGUGCUUGUUUCAUUCUUUGACAUUAGGAUGGAAAUUAGUAUGGGUGAUGAAUUGUGAUUACUGAAAAUGAGCUUGAUGCGAACACAUUUGGAUGUUUAGUUCGGAAAAAGUAUCAGAUAUAUAUUUGAAAGAUAUUUUCUUGCU